AUAUCGGCAAGAUGGCGGACGCAGAGGCGAAACUCUGGUGGUUUGCUGUCUUUUCACGUUUUGCUCUGUUUUGCAUGCAAUUGGUUUUCAAUAGCUGUGUGCCGGACCACCAACCUGAUGUCUUCAAUCCACCAAUCACUGACAGAGAUGCUUGGACCUUUCUGGACAGCACUGUUCACACACUCCUUGGGGGAUUUAUUCGUUGGGAUGGAAUCUAUUUCUUACACAUAGCAGAACAUGGCUACACAUAUGAGAACUGUUUGGCAUUCUUUCCCUUAUACCCAAUGCUCACCAGAAUGCUAGGCAAUACUGUGUUUCUACCUCUCCAAGUCUUGUUGACAUAUAGGUCAGUGUUGAUAAUAUCAGGGUUUGUCCUAAACCAAGUUUUAUUUGUGAAAACAGUGAUGAUUCUGUACAAAGUCGGACAGAAGGUGAUGAACAGUGACUUACUCGCAUACAAGGCUGCUCUAUUGUUCUGUAUAAAUCCGGCGAGUAUUUUUAUGUCGGCACUGUAUUCUGAAAUAAUUUAUUCAUACCUGAUAUUUUCUGGAAUGCACAUGUUUGAAAGAAAUUCAAAGGUUUCUGCUUCUGUUUUAUUUGGACUUGGUGCAUUAGCACGUUCAAAUGGACUGUUAUAUUCCGGUCUAAUCAUUCAUAAAAAGUGCAAAGAUACUGUUCGUUUGUUACAAGUUCUUUACCCUAUGACAAAGGCAGAUAAGUGGUCAACACCUACUGCACUCUGGUCAGUUAUCUGGAUAAUUAUUUUACCGUUUAUCAUUUACUUAUCACUGUGUAUUUCCCCAUUCACUGUGUAUCAAUAUUUCGCCUAUCAUUGGUUUUGCAAAGACACACCUUCAGAGAUGCAUAAUCUUGUAUUUGAUUACGGAAUCAUUCGAGGAUAUUCUAUACAGGCAUAUAAUUCAUCAGUUUGGUGCAGUGACAGUCUUCCACUUCCAUAUUCACACAUUCAGAAGUACCAUUGGAAUGUGGGCUUCCUGAACUAUUAUCAAUUCAAACAGAUUCCUAAUUUCCUACUGGCAACUCCAGUCACAUUGCUAAGUGUUUCAGCAAUAGUCUACUACCUUCGCUUGAAUUGGAAAACAGUGUAUACACUUGAUUUAAUUGAGGAUUUUGAAGAAUUGAAAAAGAAAGAUGCAGUCAGAAAAAAUGAUAGAGGAUUCAGUAACAGGAAGUUGCUGCCCUAUGUCAUACAUCUUGUGUUCCUGACGGUGUUUGGGUGGCUAUUUACCCACAUACAGAUCUUAACAAGGAUGCUGUUCUCAUCAUCUCCUGUGUUGUGCUGGUAUGCUGCUCGGGUCAUCACUGAAGAAACCAGAGAUGACUUGAGGUCAGAGGUCAAUAAAUGGGAUGUCAUUAGUAACUGUCGUCGGAAAGAUAUUCCAGCAUUAGAUCAUUCAAAAAGGAAUGUGCUUGUAGAUCAAAUUUUAAGCGAUGGACAAAGCUACAAAUCCAAGCUGGUUUUUGUUUAUUUUAUUGGCUAUUUUGUUAUAGGUACUUUCCUUUUCAGUAACUUCUUACCUUGGACGUGAUUUGAAGUUACUUAAUACAGAUUAACAUCCUAAAGCCAGAGAAAUAAUAAUACUGACAAUCCUUGGAAUAGAUUUCUACAACAGAAAUGAUACAUGUUUUCUGAAAAGUCAUGUCCCAAGUUUGGAAGGACUUUGCCUUGAACAGAUGACCCCCUUUCUUCAGCUAAACGGAGAGCAUCUUCUGUCUGAAUAUUCUGUUUAAUUGCAAAGUUGUCAAAGAGUCAUAUUUUCGAAGGUUAUCCUUGAUGACAUUAUAAUCAGUUGUUGAUGAAAACAUGUGUCCUGUAAGGAACAUUUACAAAAUGUACAAACAAAAGUCAACAUCUUCACAGUGUCAGUUCGUUUAUCAUUACAUUUUUCAGAGAAUCUAAGAGCGUCAUAAUAACAACAAUUACUGGCGCUACAUUAUCUGUAAAAUAAUAAACAUUAAUUAGGCUGAGUUUCUAGUUUCACUUUUGAAAAAAAAAUCGAUUUAAUUUAUCUGAUUUAUACCAUACAAUGGGCCCGUUUGUUAAAUGCCCAAUUAGCAUUAGGCCAACCCUACCUACUCUAGAUUUUUGUGCCUAACCUAAAGCUUUUAUUGGCAUUUAGUGAUAAGCACUGUUAAAGUCAGAACUCCUGCUCUAUAUUAGCAUAGUAAAAU